CUCGGUCGGUGGCGGAGCGAGCCUGUGUCACUUUCUAUUCUCGAUCCGCGUUCAAACUCGCGCGUCGAUAGCUUUUGUUUUCAAUUAGUUUAAGUGGAAUGACAAGUGAAGAACGCUGUUUUAUUAAAAAGGACGCUUCGAGUGGAUUAUUACUGACAGGAACUCGAUAAGGGACUCGAACUAGAAGAUUCUUUCUGAAUCACUGCCGCGAAUGAUAAGCUGUGAAUGCUGUGAUCAGUCAGAGUGGAACGGUCGAGUGGGGCGAAUGGGAAUGCGAAGUGAGAAGUGACUCGAAAAGUCCAGUCGAAGACAGUGCAGCGUCGAAAAUGGCGCCAAUAGACUUCGACGAAACCGGCAACAACAAUAUCGUGCCGCUUCUUCCGAGAAACACAGUGCAGCUCGAGUUUAGAAACAUAACAUGCUCUAUGAAUUCAUUUUCAGUCAACAAACUUCGUUUCGAACGAAGGGACAUCCUAAAAGGUGUCGAUGGAUGCUUCAGGCCUGGAGAGCUGACCGCGAUCAUGGGUCCGUCGGGCGCCGGAAAAACCACGCUGCUUAAUAUUCUGGCCGGCUACUUAACCCGAGGAGCAAAGGGCGAGAUCUCAGUGAACGGGAUAUGCGCGUGCGCAUCCAAAUCGUCGGGCCGCGGCGGCGCGCGCUACAUUCGGCAACAGGACGACUUGCGCGCGCACCUCACGGUAUACGAAGCCAUGUCCUUGGCUGCUGCGCUCAAACUAGCUGACUUCACUUCACAGGAGAGAAAAGAAAAGGUCUACGAAAUCCUAGCGCUGUUGGGUUUAAGCGGAGCGGCACAGACCCUCUGCCGAGACCUUUCAGGAGGACAGAAAAGAAGACUUGCCGUAGCCUUAGAAUUACUGUCAGAUCCUUCCCUCAUGUUCCUUGACGAGCCCACGACGGGUCUAGAUUCUUCAGCGUCUGCUUCUUUGAUAGCCUUACUAAACAGCCUUGCCAGAGGUGGCAGGACACUAAUAGCGACCAUCCACCAACCUUCUGCACUACUAUUCGAGAAGAUUGACUCGGUCUACUGUUUAGCUGCCGGCAGGACUCUUUACCAAGGAUCCAGAGAACAGUUACUACCAGCAUUAGCCAGUGCUGGCCUGAGAUGUCCUCCUUACCACAAUCCAGCUGAUUUUCUAAUGGAGGUGGCGUCAGGUGAAUACGAGGUGGACCUCGUAAGGGCAGCGAAGACCAUGGAAGUGUUCAGGUCGGAUCCCACAGCCACGAGGACGUAUGAGGCUCACGUACCCACCAUACCUGCUUUACCAGGACCUUUAGAUAUAACCUCGGAGCUAAAACCGAAGCACCUACUAGUGAAUUCAAAACACCAACAAAAAGCCUCCAAAAACAUUUAUAGGCCAUCCGGUCUCCUCAGGCAAACGUGGAUCCUCUUAUAUAGAAAUUAUUUAAUGACAACAAGAAAUUAUUCCUUAUUCAUGUACCGCGUGGCAGCGCAUGUGGUGAUCGCUCUCAUCUUCGGCUACCUAUACCUGGGCGUGGGAAGCGAAGCCAGCACAGUGCUGGGCAACUAUGUAUAUCUUUAUGGGUCGAUGCUGCUAGUGGUGUACACUGGGAAGAUGUCCGUCACGCUCUCAUUUCCGUUGGAGAUGGACAUACUAAAAGGGGAAUAUUUCAAUCGAUGGUAUAAGCUGGGUCCGUAUAUCGUCUCUAUUCUAGCCGUGGAAUUGCCUUUUCAGAUGAUCUCAUGCGUGUCAUACGUAGUGCUGUCGUACUGGCUGACGGACAACCCGCUAGAGCCGACGCGCGCCACGCUGUUCCUGGCCACCAUCGUGGCCACCUCGCUGUGCGCUCAGGCUUGGGGCUACUUCAUCGGCUCAACCACCCCCACUAAGAUCGCAGUAUUCGUGGGCCCAGUGGUCGCGUGUCUGUUCUCCGUGUUCGGAUUCUGCCUGGCGCUCUCCGACACGCCCUACGUGUUCCGGUGGCUCCACCACAUCUCGUACUUCCGAGCUGGCUUCCACGUGGCCGUCCAUUCUGUCUACGGCUUCAACAGGACCAAGAUUCACUGUUCUAAGAUGUACUGCCACUACAUCACGCCUAGCAAGUUCCUGACGGAGAUGGACAUGGCGGAGGUGGACGUGGGCGGCAACAUGGCGCUGGUGGUAUCCACCACGGUGCUCAUGCAUCUGCUCACCUGCACCGUGCUAUGGUUCCGGCUUAACAAGAGAUGAGACCGUCAGUUCAGUUCGAACACUUCUAUGUGUACUACUAGAUAGGAUACAAAAUGACUCACUAAAUUGUUAUCUGGAAGUCUCUAGUUUAAAUAAAUAAGUACACAGCAAAAAUAAAAAGGACACUGCAAUGGUGACUAUGUACCAAGCUUGGUGGACGUAGGCGGAAAUAUGGCGCUGGUGGUGUCCACCACGGUGCUCAGGCAUCUACUCACCUGCACCGUGCUAUGGUAUAGACUUAAUAAAAGAUACGACCUUCAGUUCACUUUACUUCUAUGUACAGUCACGGAAUGAAAAGGUUCGUCAGUUUUCAAAUUGAUUCCCUCAACGAAUCGCGAACACAUAUUAA